AGAUUAGGCAAGGCUUUCCACAGAUAAUCAUUUAGCCAGCUCUGUUCUGUUUUGUGAGCUCUUUUCUUUUUCCUCCUGUUUUCCUGCGAUGGAGCACUUCUUGUGCUGAAGGUCGGAAUGAAUUUCUCUUCAGUUUGAUGAGUGAAGCUGUGGUCUGCAGACUGAUGGGUUAUGGGCUGGUUAUGGAUAUGUGAUUUUCACGCUGCUCAGAGUAAUCGGACUGCCACUAAUACCUGCUGCUGCUGCUAACAGGAGGCGAUGGGGGAAGUUUGUUCACUGAGUCCCUGUCAGGCUGGAUCUGCACCUCAGGCUUGCCGCUGAGUUGCAUUUUUCAAUAAGAUACCGACCAAGCUCUGGACGAAGGAGACAUGGCCAGCAACUCUUUCCGCGGGUCCAAACGAGGACGUUAUGCCGAGGCCAACCAUGAGCCAGAGUUCAGCUGCUCUCUGCAGGAGCUGCAAUCACUUAUGGAUCUUCGAGGAGCUGAUGCGAUCGCCAGGAUUCAGAACUGCUACGGAGAUGUUAACGGACUGUGUACCAAACUCAGAACAUCACCCGUUGAAGGUCUUGAAGGAAAACCAGAGGACAUAAACAAGAGGAAAGAAGAAUUUGGACUGAAUGUCAUCCCUCCUAAAAAGCCUAAAACCUUUUUACAGUUAGUGUGGGAGGCCCUGCAGGAUGUCACGCUUAUCAUCUUGGAGGUGGCAGCUGUCAUUUCUCUAGGCCUUUCGUUCUACAAUCCACCAGAUGCAGAAAGACAAAACUGUGGAAAAGCAGCUGGUGGCGUGGAAGAAGAGGGGGAAGCGGAGACCGGAUGGAUCGAAGGCGCCGCCAUUCUCCUGUCGGUGGUAUGUGUGGUGCUGGUGACGGCUUUUAAUGACUGGAGCAAAGAGAAACAGUUCCGCGGUCUGCAGAGUCGCAUCGAACAGGAGCAAAAGUUCACCAUCGUCCGAUUGGGGCAGGUGAUCCAGAUCAAAGUGUCGGAGAUUGUGGUUGGAGACAUCGCACAAGUCAAGUAUGUAYCCCAUGUAGAGAAAAACAAGGACAGAGCUACUGUUGAGAUGCAACCACUCAAYGAAGAUGGAGAACCAGAGAAGAAGAAGAAGGUUCUUCCAAAAAAGGAGAAAUCUGUCCUUCAGGGGAAGCUGACCAAACUGGCCGUCCAGAUCGGCAGAGCAGGUCUGUUGAUGUCGGCCCUCACCGUCAUCAUCCUAAUCACUCGCUUCCUGAUCGAUACCUUCUGGAUUCAGGGCCUUCCCUGGUUGCAAGAGUGCGUUUCCAUCUAUGUGCAGUUCAUGGUCAAGUUCUUCAUCAUCGGCGUGACUGUGCUKGUGGUGGCUGUGCCUGAGGGUCUCCCCCUGGCCGUCACCAUUUCCCUAGCGUAUUCGGUCAAGAAAAUGAUGAAAGACAAUAACUUGGUCCGCCACCUCGAUGCCUGUGAGACAAUGGGGAACGCCACAGCCAUCUGCUCAGACAAGACGGGGACGCUGACCAUGAACCGCAUGACGGUGGUGCAGGCCUACAUCGCAGGGAGACACUAUACAAAAGUCCCAGAGCCGGAUCUCAUCCCAACCAAGAUACUGGAUCUGCUCAUCCUGGGCAUCGGGGUCAACUGCGCCUACACCACCAAGAUUAUGCCUCCGGAGAGAGAGGGUGGGCUGCCUCGCCAAGUAGGAAACAAAACCGAAUGUGCCUUACUGGGACUCAGUCUAGACUUGAACCGAGACUACCAGAGCGUUCGAAAUGAAAUCCCAGAGGAGAAGCUGUUCAAGGUUUACACGUUCAACUCCGUGAGGAAAUCCAUGAGCACCGUGUUGAAGACCUUUGACGGCAGCUACCGAAUGUUCAGUAAAGGAGCCGCUGAGAUCUUGCUUAAGAAGUGCAGUAAAAUCUUGACGGCCAGUGGAGAGGCCAAGAUCUUCAAACCCAAGGAUCGAGACCAACUAGUGAAAAAUGUGAUUGAGUCGAUGGCAUCAGAGGGGCUACGGACGAUCUGUCUUGCCUACAGAGACUUCUCUAUCGCUGAUGGAGAGCCUGAUUGGGACAACGAGGCGGAGAUCCUCACUAGACUGACAUGCAUCGCUGUGGUUGGCAUUGAAGACCCUGUACGACCUGAGGUACCAGAAGCUAUCAGAAAGUGCCAGAGGGCUGGGAUCACUGUCCGCAUGGUGACUGGAGACAAUAUCAACACUGCUAGAGCCAUCGCCAGCAAAUGUGGCAUUUURCAACCUGGAGACGACUUCCUGUGCAUAGAGGGGAAAGAGUUCAACCAGCGGAUCCGCAACGAGUCGGGCGAGAUCGAGCAGGAGCGUAUCGAUAAGAUUUGGCCCAAAUUGAGAGUCCUUGCCCGGUCAUCCCCAAUGGACAAACACACUCUGGUUAAAGGUAUCAUUGACAGCACAGUGCUGGAGCAGAGGCAGGUUGUCGCAGUAACAGGAGAUGGCACAAACGAUGGCCCCGCCCUCAAGAAAGCAGAUGUCGGCUUUGCUAUGGGCAUCGCAGGGACCGACGUAGCAAAGGAGGCGUCCGACAUCAUCCUGACAGACGACAACUUCUCCAGCAUCGUCAAGGCCGUCAUGUGGGGCCGAAACGUGUACGACAGCAUUUCCAAGUUCCUGCAAUUCCAACUCACGGUCAAUGUGGUUGCUGUCACCGUGGCCAUCACCGGAGCCUGCAUUACCCAGGAUUCUCCUCUGAAAGCUGUGCAGAUGUUAUGGGUCAACCUCAUCAUGGACACCUUCGCCUCAUUGGCCCUCGCCACGGAGCCGCCGACCGAGGCGCUGCUGCUCAGGAACCCGUACGGGCGCAACGAGCCACUCAUCUCGCGCACCAUGAUGAAGAACAUCCUGGGCCACGCCGUCUACCAGCUGACACUGAUCUUCACGCUGCUCUUUGUCGGUGAAAAGAUGUUCGACAUCGACUCCGGGAGGAACGCCCCGCUUCACGCUCCGCCCUCUGAACACUACACCAUUGUGUUCAACACGUUCGUCCUCAUGCAGAUCUUCAACGAGUUCAACGCUCGCAAGAUCCAUGGAGAGCGGAAYGUCUUCAAGGGUGUUUUCAACAACCCCAUCUUCUGCUCCAUUAUCCUGGGAACCCUUAUUGUACAGGUGUUUAUUGUGCACUUUGGUGGUAAAGCUUUCAGCUGUGUACCUCUGACCAUAGAACAGUGGCUCUGGUGCGUCUUCCUGGGCCUUGGUAGUCUCAUUUGGGGGCAGCUGGUGUCCAGCGUCCCCACCAGCUGGCUGCGGUUCCUGAAAACAGCCGGUCAUGGCACCCAGCAGGAGGAGAUCCCAGAGGAAGAGCUGGAGGAGCUUCAASACAAAGACGAGAUUGACCAUGCUGAGAUGGAGCUGAGGAGGGGUCAGGCGCUGUGGUGCCGCAGCCUCAACCGGAUCCAGACGCAGAUUCGUGUUGUGAACGCCUUCAGAGACAGCGUGUCUCCUUACGAGGGCCUGGAGACGCCAGAGUCACGCAGCUCCAUCCACAACUUCAUGAGUCACCCCGAGUUCCGCAUCGAGGACUUAGAAACCCAGAUCCCGCUGAUUGACGAGAACGAGGACGAGGACGACCCGCCCACCAAGCGGAACUCCAUCAUUCCGCCGCCACUGACACUGACCGGACUGUCCAACCUGCAGCCUCCGCCGUCCUCGCCCAACCAGAACAAUAACGCGUUGGAGCGCAUCAUCCCGCUGCACAGAGAUGGCUCCCGGUCCGGCCUAAUCCCACCUAACUCGGCAGGACUGCCACCCUGUCCAGGAAGCCCCCUGCACAGUCUGGAGACCUCCCUCUGAAGCAGCCGCUUUCUGUUGUUUGUCAUGUUGAACAUUUUCAAAACAGACUCCUCUGAUUGAUUCAGGACUUCCAAGGGACAGUAAUGUCUCCACAAGUCUGUUUGUGGUUCUGUUCAGACUGAACCCAUGUUCAAACAGACUGCAUUUUUUUAUUAAUAGAUAUGAACUCUGCAUAUGUAAUUUAGAAGAGUGUUUGUGAGGUGAUUCGUGUAAAUUCAAAUUCAGUUUUAUAUGUAAAUAUUGUCGAUGUGGCCAGAGUUUAUUUAAAAAAGAUUGUUUCUGAUAAGCUAAGUUAUCUGUUAGGGACACGUUCAGAUUGUUUCUGUGUUAACUUGUAACUGCAAGAGUAAGUGACUAAAAAUCAGUUGUAUUUUAUUUGUUUCAUCCGGUAGUUAGACAGGUUUGGAGUAAACGUGUGUUUCUUUUUAAUGUUGUGUUUUUUAUGUCUUAGGUUGGAGGAACAUUGUCAUUAAAAGAUCAAAAACUAA